CGCGCCCGGCGCCUUCGCCCCGGCUCUCGGCUCCGGUCCGCCAUGGCUCCCAAGGGCGGCGCCAAGCAGCAGUCCGAGGAGGACCUGCUCCUGCAGGACUUCAGCCGCAACCUGUCGGCCAAGUCCUCGGCGCUCUUCUUCGGGAACGCCUUCAUCGUGUCGGCCAUCCCCAUCUGGCUGUACUGGCGGAUAUGGCACAUGGACCUUGUUCAGUCUGCUGUUCUGUAUAGUGUGAUGACUCUCGUCAGCACUUACUUGGUAGCCUUUGCGUACAAGAAUGUAAAAUUUGUUCUCAAGCACAAAGUAGCACAGAAGAGGGAGGAUGCCGUUUCCAGAGAAGUGACUCGGAAACUUUCUGAGGCUGACAACAGAAAGAUGUCUCGGAAGGAGAAGGAUGAGAGAAUCUUGUGGAAGAAGAAUGAAGUGGCCGACUAUGAAGCCACGACGUUUUCGAUCUUCUACAACAACACCCUGUUCCUGUUCCUGGUCGUCGUUGCUUCCUUCUUUGUCCUAAAGAACUUCAACCCCACAGUGAACUACAUUUUGUCCAUCAGUGCGUCAUCAGGACUGAUUGCCCUCCUGUCUACUGGCUCCAAGUAGACCACGCGGCCCCCCGGUUCUGAGUCUCUGGGUGGCCUGUUGUGUAGGGAAAAGCAGCAGGGUGGCCUGGCUGGGAGACACACAGGAUGUUUUCAUGGUCUGGAAUUUAAGGGUUUAAAAAAACCAACAGAAUGUCCUUCAGUAUUUGUGUAUCAGCUUUUUGACAGGUUUUUGAAAUUAAAUGGGUUGAAAGGGAAUCUCGGAGUGCCCUUUUUAUUAAAGGCAAGACCCGUCUUGUAAUGUGCUGUACUCACAGGAGGAGAAAAUGACUCGCUUCCUCAGUCUGUCAGAGGUCAUUGUAACCUGGGCUGAGCUGUCAGUAUGUAUAAUAGUGGCAAGAAGAAGUUAAUAACGGGUUCUCUAUGUCCAAGCAUAAUAUUACAACUGUUUUUUGGAACCAGAAGUAUCAGAAUGAACCCUCUCCCCGUGGGAGCUGGACAGAAGCCUCACGUUCACAAGGCUUUGAAUUAGUGACUUGGAAUGACUCAAUUAAAGUUAAAAAUGUGGUUUGAGAGACA